CUUUGGCCAGUCUCUUUGUCCUCCAACCAUGGGUACGGCAGUUUAGGGGGGCGGUGCACGCGCACAGACCCAGAGGGGCGCCAUCAAAAGACAACAUCAAUCAGGGGGAACAAUUUGGUGAUUUCAGCUUGAAGAGGAGACCAUCAUCGUGUGAACAACUGCUGGACAAGGAAAUCUGUCAUCUCUGGGAAAAGGAUUAACUACAUCAUCAACUUUCACUUUUCUCACAUUCUUGUUGCGUUUGUGAACCGGUUUGGAUACUUUUGGAGACAUCUUCAUCAACCAUUUGAAAUAGUUUGACUCAUCCUCUGUGGUCGACGUCCUUUACCAUCUCAAGGAUCUACCUGCUUAUCCCCUCCACCUGGAACAACUUAGAUGAGCUCAGCCUGCUUAUAACUCACCAACUGACAAGAACAAGGCCUGCAUUAGCAACUGACCACUCCACUUCCUUCAAUCAACACUUGAAUCACAUUCUUUGAGCCAUGGUGCUGCUGAAGAUGAAGUUCAACCAGCAGAGGCGGGUGCGUCUGGCCCAGGGCCUUUGGCUGCUGUCCUGGCUGGCGGUGAUGUGUGGGGCCUUCAUAUUUUGUCUUGGGGUUUACCUCAAGACAGAGUUGCUUCGUAGGAACGAGGUGAUGGAGAACACGGAGAUCCACGUGGUACCCAACAUCUUGAUGUUGGUGGGCUUGGCCUCCAUCGGCACCAACUGGGUUGCCACUCGGGUGUGUCAGGACUCCCUGGAUGCAAGCCGCUUUCCCCGCUGGAAGGUCCUUUUGCUGGCCUGGUUUGUUGUUGCAGCUUUGCUGUGCUGUCUCCUACUAGCGGUGGUGGUGCUCAGCUACGUCCUGCAGGGGCGUCUGGAGGAGUCCUUGAAGGUGGGCUUGAGGAAUGGAAUCCGUUUCUACAAGGACACGGACGUGCCGGGCCGUUGUUUUCAGAAAGAGACCAUCGAUCGUCUGCAGAUGGAGUUUCGCUGUUGCGGAAACAACAACUUCAAGGACUGGUUUGAGGUUCAGUGGGUCAGCGGCCGAUUUCUGGACUACACUGCCCAGGAAGUCAAAGAUCGUAUCCGGAGUAACGUGGACGGCCGUUACCUGUUGGAUGGUGUUCCUUUCAGCUGCUGCAACCCCGCAUCGCCUCGCCCCUGCCUGCAAUACCACCUGACAGACAACAGAGCCCAUUUCAACUACGACUACCUGUCAGAGGACCUCAACCUGUACAGCCGGGGCUGCAGACAGGCUCUGACUGAUUACUACAUGGGCUUGAUGAAUUCGACUGGCCCUGGCGUGCUGUCCGUCAUCCUGAUUCAAAUAUCUGUGAUUUUGAGCCUGCGGUACCUGCAGACAGCUGUGGAGGGAGCCAUGGCUCUGGAGAACCCAGAGGGCGACAGUGAGGGCUACAUUCUGGAGAAGGGGGUGAAGGAGACAUUUGAGGAAGUCAAAGUCAAGGUCCUGACCAUGAUUAAGUUAGCGCAGGUUGACCCUGAAGGUGUUCCGGAUGAGGCGGAAGCAGAGAAGGCCGCUGACACCGCCGCAGAGAAGGCUGCCUCCCCAACCCCUGCCAGCUAAAGGGAAAAUGGAUUUCAACAUGAGCUGAAGAAGAAGAAAUCGAAGAAAAGGGGCGGGGUCAUUUUAUCCUUUUUCUUUUUUUUUUUUUUUUNACCGGAAUGGUGGUGGGUUGAGUUGUUGUUAAGUUUUGUCAUGGUAGGCUUGAUUUUUCUCCACCAGUGCAGCAGCUGCAGCUCCCUCAUACACGGCCAGAACCUGACAGCACAUAGGAGAUCCUAUCAGGCCCUGCACAGACACAUAAAUAAACACCUGAUAUAUGCAGGAAGUUGUCCACCAUCUGAGAAUCUCCUCAGGAGAUGUGUAGUUUUUUAUGUUUUUCUUUCUUUCUUAGAGGAGAGUAUUCAGUUUGAACACGUAUAGCAGGAGCACUCAAAAGCAAGUUUUGACUCAAAAUUGGCAAUCCCACGAUGCUGAAGUUCAUCCCGUGAGCACUGUACUGUUCAUCUGACAGCUGUAGAGUUUGUACUGAACUGCAAUGAAAUGCUUCGGAACCUGUUAAAACUGGCAGCGCACAUGAAUCAUGUAUUAAAGGUAGACGUUUUUAACUGCUUUUUAGUGUCGGCUUCCUUUUGUACAACAAUAAAGGUAUGUGUAGAAUGA